GUGAGUGUUGGGGGUAGCCGCUCUGAUAUUCUCGGAGAACUGUGGGCUAAUGGCAGAAGGAAAUGUGAGAAGGAGUCAUUUCCCAGGGAUAACUACAAAUCCUUCAGUGCCUGCAGAGCGCUGGGUCUUCAAGUCUGUGGCUGUGGGCAGCAACCCAGCCAAGGAAACAGAAGACCUGCAGCAUCAGUGCAGGACAGGCAACAAAGACUAAUUGCACCAUGGAAAAGUUCUACAAAGAAAAUGAAGGAAAGCCAGAAAACAAGGGAAGGGCAGAAGACGAAGGAAGUACAGAAGAGGGAGGAAAAGCAGAUGAAGACAAGUCAGAUGCAGAGGGGAAGCCAGCACGCCAGGGCAAGCUAGAGGUGGAGGGAGGGCCAGGUGAGCAGGCACAGCAGAAAGGUGAGGGGAAGCCCGAGAAGCAGGGAAAGUCUGACGGGGAGGGCAAGCGCCAAGGGGAGAGCAAGCCCGAUUCCCAGGCAAAGUCAGCCAGCGAGGCGCGGGCUGCAGAAAAGCGCCCUGCUGAAGAUUAUGUGCCCCGGAAAGCAAAACGAAAAACAGAUAGGGGGACAGAUGAUUCUCCCAAGAACUCCCAGGAGGACUUACAGGACAGGCAUGUAAGCAGCGAGGAGAUGAUGAGAGAGUGCGCAGAUAUGACUAGGGCUCAGGAAGAGCUGAGGAAGAGGCAGAAAAUGGGUGGUUUUCACUGGGUGCCAAGAGAUGCACAGGAUGCUUUAGUCCCCAGGGGCCAGCGGGGAGUCAGGGGGGUGAGGGGCGGCGGAGGCAGGGGCCAGAAGGACUUAGAAGAUGCUCCAUUUGUUUAAUGCCUUCAGCCUUUCCUUCUGGAUUCUCUGAUGGGAAAUAUUACCAGCCCUGCUUUCCCUGGCAGGCUUUUGCCAGGCUUUGUGCUUUAACCUUGUGCCGAGAUUUUCCUUUAGGUGUCACUCCUGUUACCAGCAGACAGCACUAUGUCUUUUAGUAAAGGACUUUCACCCAUGUGCAUGGAAGAGAUGUUCAUGGUAUACUGUAAAAUAAUAAAGAUAACAGUUUGCAGAACCACA